UUCGUCUAAAUAUAAAUGGAACUCGGCAACUUUGUGACUGAUUUAAACGGCAAAAAGUGUGUGAAAUGCGACAAAGAUGCCAAAUUUACAGGCGUCGAUCCAAAAAAAGCGUGGUAUUGCCAAGAGUGUUUCGUUCAAAUGGUUAGGAACAAGUUCAGAUCAUCUUUAAGCAAGAAAAAAAUUUAUAAGGAUGCUGAUGCUCGUGACACUUUAAUUGUUUUCGAUGGUACGCUAUCAGGAACGUUUCUUCUUCAUCAAAUCAACGAUGCAUUGAAGCAGAUUACCUACAAACGUCUUAUGGUAAAGCCAACGGUACUUGUUCUAGUGUCAUUGACAGAGGAUACAGAGAUACAAAUGGUUAUUAAGCGAAUCCAGGAAAUCAAAAAAUCCGUUUUAGAGAAUGUUCGAUGGGUUGUGGCACAUUUAGCUUGCUCAAUGUAUGACGAAGAUUUUAAAUUGAAAGAAAACGAAUGCAAUGGAGUCGAAAAAAUUUCCGAUUACAAUCAGCUCAUAGCUUCAUGUUCUGUCCCGACAUAUAGAAAAGAGUUGGAACGUGUUCUGAAAGAGAAAUGUCUUCAAAAAAUUGCAUGUUCGAUGGGAAUAUUAAAGUGUAUGGUUCCUGACCAUGCCGAUGAUUUGGGGAGGCUAGCUAUUGAUCAACUGUGUCUUGGAAGAGGUGGUUCUAUAUCAACAUUGGUUACAGUGACCGAUAAACGCCCAGACUUCAUGCUGAUCCGGCCGCUAUGUGAUAUCUCUAAAAAAGAAUUAGCAGUUUAUAAUUACUUAUGUGACAUUGACAAACAUUGUAUACAUAUCGCUCAGCAAAAUAACCAGCAAAAAUCGGUUCAGACGCUGACGGAUGCGUUCAUCUGCACAUUGGAGAACGAAAAGUUUUAUUCAACGAUCAAUACGGUUCUAAGCACAGCUGCUAAAAUUCAUAACACCUCAAUAGGAAAGGACGAUUCCAAAUGUUCGUUUUGCAAUGUGGAAGUCGCUGAUUCGGUUUGCUCUACUUGUUCGGCAAUUCGAGAGUGUACAGGCGACCUACUUACUUUACUGUUCUGAAUAAUAUUUUUUUGUUUUUUGUUGACUCAUUUGUUAUUCUGAUUUGAUAAAACUUUACUAUU